UUAAACCGUGCUGCCUCCAUUUUGUUUUGUUUUUUUGCGCAUAAUCUACUUUAAAAUGUUUAUUUUCUGUCUGCAGAUCAAACACGGGACUCCACUUCUGGAAUUAAGAUCUUGAACUCUGUCGGGGAGAUUUUCCAAGCAAAGCAGGAGAAAAGCGUUCGGAGAACAAUGGCAGCUGUGAUUCUUUAAAAAAGUAACUUAGAAUAAAACUAGCAUAUUUCUCCCAUGAGGUUUCCCUCCUUAGUCAGCCAAAAUUCCCCUUAAAAGCAGACAGCGGAACCGUUCUACGCUUUCGCGGCUCGCUGGCGGGAAGCGAGUGGUGGCAGCGUGGGUCCUGGGAAUCAUUAUGGUGCUGGUUUUGGUUGUCCUUAUCCCAGUUCUGGUGAGCUCAGCUGGAACAAUAGCGCACUACGAGAUGCUCGGCGCCUGUAGGAUAGUGUGCGACCCAUACGGCACAAGCAACCCAAGCAGCACCGGCUCUCCAGACUCGGUCCCGGACAACCGCCUCCUCCGGUCUUUGCCCACCUUUAUCCAGUGUCCGAGAGGAGAACCGGGUCGUCCGGGUAAGGUGGGACCAAGAGGAGCUCCAGGUGAACAGGGGCCAUCAGGUCCAGCUGGGCCACCGGGAAAUAAAGGUGAACCGGGAAGACCUGGCUUACCAGGACCCACGGGACCUAGCGCAGUUGCUGGCGCAAUCAGCGCAGCCACCUACAGCACGGUGCCAAAGAUUGCCUUUUACGCAGGGCUGAAAAAGCAGCACGAAGGAUACGAAGUGCUCAAAUUUGACGACGUUGUGACCAAUUUAGGAAACCACUACGAUCCAAUUUCUGGAAAGUUCACGUGUUCCAUCCCUGGGGUUUAUUUUUUCACAUAUCACGUUCUGAUGCGCGGAGGAGAUGGGACCAGUAUGUGGGCGGAUCUUUGCAAAAACAACCAGGUACGUGCCAGUGCCAUAGCCCAGGAUGCAGACCAAAAUUAUGACUAUGCCAGUAACAGCGCAGUGUUACAUCUAGAGCCAGGAGAUGAGAUCUACAUUAAACUAGAUGGAGGCAAAGCUCAUGGAGGCAACAACAACAAGUACAGCACCUUCUCUGGAUUUAUCAUCUAUGUUGAUUAG